CACAGGAGGAGUGCCCUGUGUCUGCUCGAGAUGGCGGCCAGAACGGAGAACGCGAGGGCCGAAUAAACACCCAACCUGCGCGUCUGCAACCUUCCGAGAAGCGCAAACCCCGUCAGACACACUCACUUAUCAUCAACCAUCACGGAACAGAAGCGCGCCAUGGAAGGCGGGAAACCCUCCCUGCCGAUGGUUUACCAGGCCGUACAGGCGCUGUAUCACGACCCGGACCCUGCCGGCAAGGAGCGCGCCUCGGUCUGGCUAGGAGAGCUGCAGAGAUCGAUGUACGCAUGGGAGAUCUCGGAUCAGCUCCUGCAGCUGAAGCAGGACGUAGAAUCCUGUUACUUUGCAGCCCAGACCAUGAAGAUGAAGAUCCAGACAGCAUUCUACGAGCUUCCCCCUGAGACCCACAAUGCACUGAGAGACUCACUCCUGUCACACAUCCAGAACCUCAAAGACCUGUCUCCCAUCAUUGUCACACAGCUUGCGUUGGCAAUCGCUGAUCUGGCUCUUCAGAUGGCCUCAUGGAAAGGCUGUGUUCACACCCUGAUAGAAAAAUACAGUAAUGAUAUUUCCUCCAUGCUUUUCCUGAUUGAGAUCCUCACCGUUCUGCCAGAGGAGGUGCACAGCCGUUCUUUGAGGAUUGGAGCCAAUCGACGGACAGAGAUCAUCGAGGAUCUGGCCUACUAUUCUACCACAGUGGUCACUCUUCUGGUGUCAUGUGCGGAGAAGUCCGGGAACGAUGAGAAGAUGCUCAUCAAGGUGUUCCGCUGUUUGGGAAGCUGGUUUAAUUUGGGAGUGCUGGACAACAACUUCAUGGCCAGCAAUCAACUGCUGAUGAUACUCUUCCAAGUGCUGCAGAGAGAUGAGACGUCCACAAACCUGCAUGAGACUGCAUCAGAUUGCGUGUGUUCAGCACUAUAUGCGAUAGAGAAUGUGGCAACACACAUGCCUCUGGCCAUGCAACUCUUCCAAGGGGUCCUUACUUUAGAAACUGCCUACCAUAUGGCUGUAGCCCGAGAGGACCUUGACAAGGUGCUAAAUUACUGCAGGAUCUUUACUGAAUUGUGCGAGACGUUUUUGGAGAUGACCGUAAGGACUCCUGGGCAGGGCAUGGGUGAUCUGCGCACACUAGAACUGCUACUUAUCUGUGCCGGACAUCCCCAGUAUGAGGUGGUUGAGAUCUCAUUCAACUUCUGGUACCGCCUGGGAGAGCAUCUUUAUAAAAUGAACGAUGCAGCGCUGCACAGAGUUUUCAGACCUUAUAUACAGAGACUCCUGCACAGUCUCGCCCGCCACUGCCAGCUCGACCCAGAUCACGAAGGAGUUCCAGAGGACACAGAUGAUUUUGGGGAAUUCAGGAUGAGAGUGUCUGAUCUUGUGAAAGAUGUAAUCUUCCUUGUGGGCUCCAUGGAGUGUUUCUCACAGCUGUAUUCGACUCUGAAGGAGGGAAAUCCCCCAUGGGAAGUAACUGAGGCUGUGCUGUUCAUCAUGGCUGCCAUUGCAAAGAGUGUUGAUCCUGAGAAUAAUCCAACUCUGAUGGAAGUGUUGGAGCAGAUAGUGUUUCUUCCUGAGACAGUCCACAUUGCUGUCCGCUACACCAGCAUUGAGCUGGUCGGAGAGAUGAGUGAAGUGAUCGACCGGAACCCUUGCAUGUUAGAUCCUGUUUUGAACUUCCUGAUGAAGGGUUUGAGAGAGAAAUCGUUGGCGUCUGCGGCAGCUAAAGCCAUUCACAACAUCUGCUCUGUGUGUCGAGACCACAUGGCACAGCACUUCCAGGGCCUGCUGGACAUUGCCCGUGCUCUGGACUCUUUCGCCCUGUCCACAGAAGCUGCUGUCGGCCUACUGAGAGGCACAGCGCUGGUGUUAGCCCGCCUCCCCUUGGAGAAGAUUGCAGAGUGUUUGAAUGAUCUGUGUGCCAUUCAGGUCAUGGCACUGAAAAAGCUGCUGGCUCAGGACUCCAGUAGUGGAAAGUCAUCAGACCCUACCGUGUGGUUGGACAGACUGGCUGUUAUCUUCAGACACACAAACCCCAUUGUGGAGAACGGACAGACACACCCCUGCCAGAAAGUAAUCCAUGAGAUCUGGCCAGUGUUAUCUGAAACAUUAAAUGCCCACCAGGGCGAUAACCGGAUCGUGGAGCGCUGCUGUCGCUGCCUGAGGUUUGCAGUGCGUUGUGUUGGAAAAGGCUCCGCCUCCCUGUUACAGCCACUUGUUACUCAGAUGGUGGGUGUGUACCAGCUGUACCCUCAUUCUUGUUUCCUGUACCUGGGCAGCAUUCUAGUAGACGAGUAUGGCAUGGAGGAGGGAUGCAGACAAGGACUGUUGGAUAUGCUACAGGCCCUCUGUAUGCCCACCUUCCAGCUGUUAGAGCAGCCAAAUGGACUGCGGAAUCACCCUGACACAGUGGAUGACCUGUUUAGACUCGCCACCAGGUUUGUUCAGCGCAGUCCAGUCACUUUGCUAAGUAGCAGUAUUAUCGUCCACAUCAUCCAGUGUGCCAUCGCUGCCACCACCCUGGAUCAUCGAGAUGCCAACUGCAGUGUUAUGAAAUUCAUCAGAGACCUUAUUCACACUGGGGUUGCCAAUGAUCAUGAGGAUGACUUUGAGGUGCGGAAGCGUCUGAUUGGUCAGGCAAUGGAGCAGCACGGCCAGCAGCUUGUCACUCAACUCAUCAACACUUGCUGUUUCUGUCUGCCUCCUUACACUUUGCCAGAUGUGGCCGAGGUGCUCUGGGAGAUCAUGGUCUUUGAUCGGCCGACGUUUUGUCGCUGGCUGGAGGCUGCACUCAAGGGUCUUCCAAAAGAAACAGCAGGAGGUGCUGUAACAGUCACACACAAACAGCUCACUGACUUCCAUAAGCAGGUCACGAGUGCAGAGGAAUGUAAACAGGUUUGUUGGGCGAUAAGAGAGUUCACCCGGCUGUACCGAUAGCUGUCUUUUAACAGCUCAUGCUGUAAGACCAGGUCAGAUUUUUUGUUUUGCAAACAUUCGGCGGUAGAGGCAAAGGGAGCCAUGUUGACCACUGUUGAGAAACUAAAGGGAACUUUUGCAUGAAGGAUUUGUUGGGCUUGGCACCAUGGGAAGCCAACCAAUCGGUUUGGAGCUUUGGCGUGGCAGGGUUUCAGGAAAAUGUUAAUUGCCUUGUGGGUGUCAAAAGUCAGGAGCCCCAACCCCUCCCUUUACCCCUACAAGCACACUGAUGCCAGCUGAAACAAGAGAGGGGUUUUGAAAGGGACUUUGUCUUGGGCGGGCCAAGUUUUGGAUAUUUAAAGCGUUUAAACCCAUUUCAAAACAUGGAUAAACGUCUGCAUCAGUUGGAUUUUUGUGGGAUCCAUCGACAAAAACAAAAGGAUGUGCCUGGUUGCAAAUCAUAAUGCAUUGUUAAAAUGAGAGACUUGUACGUUUUUAAAAACAAAUGGAGAUUUAUUUUCAUGGACGUCUGUUUAGAGAUCAAAACAUGGCUUUGCUGCCAGUGCCAUAAAAAUGAUAACCAAAUGAAAGAUUGUCAUGAGCAUUAGCCUGUGGGACUAUUUAAGAAAUGUCAAAGGGAGAAUCUUGGGAGAGUUGGUGUCACCUUUGAUCUUUUUAAAGUUGGCUGGAGUUUUAUCUGUGCAGGUUAUGCUGUAAAAUAUGAAGUGGACUGGCAGGUGCUUUUUUUUUUUUUCUUUUUUUUUUUUUGUUCGUUCUAUCACCAUCUCAGCACAUGGCAUCUUAGAUAUGCAGAGAUGUUCGUCUUGAGCGUGUGCAGCCAUUGUGCAUACAAUAAAUCAAACAUUGUG